AUGGGGAUCUCCAGACAUAUCAGGGAUAUUUUCAAGGUCCUCUUGUGUGAGGUUGUUCAUAUCACAGUGCUGACCGUGGGAUACACCAAUAUAGAUACAUCUAACAAUGUGCAGUAUCAAUGUUACCCCAGCGAACCAGAUGCAGACGCUACACUAUCAUUUGGUCGAUCAGCACCCAUAACAACAGACAGAUCACCACCAGCGGAUGAGAGACACUCAACUAAUCCAUUGGUCAGAGAUGUCACAUUCCCUGCAGGAGACUGGGAUAGUGAUGGUUUUGGUCCUUUCUACUGUGAGGCUUCUAAACCUGAUCGAGAUGUUACAAGGGUUACUACAUUUUUCCAACGUAGUGAUGCUAAAUUCAUAUCAAGUAAUGGAUUGUUUACACAGACAGUUAAUGUGAAUGACAUCGGAGUGAUGAUCAGCAUGGAUAGUCGUAUUAAUCCUGAUGAGAGUGACAAUGUGAUUACUUGGAUGAAAGAUGGAAGUGAGGUUCUUACAUCAUUUGAUGGGCAGACUCAGAUCAGCUUCCCAAACCCAAUCCAGACAUCAGAUCAAGGAAUCUAUGAAAUCUACUAUGAUAACGAGAGGGAUCAAAAUAGAGGAGGAUUAUACAGACUCAUCGUCAGAGAAUGCACUGCUGGUAAGUGGGGUCCCCCUGAGUGUUAUGGUAUCUGUGAUAAAUGCUACAAUGGUGGAGUCUGUCAUGACAAGUCUGGUCUAUGUAUCUGUCCUAACAACUUCAAGGGAACGAAUUGUUUAGAAAUUCCAGAUGAAUGUGAAGACGGUUACUACGGAUCUCAAUGCACUGAUAAAUGUCAUUGCUUGAAUGAUGAACCAUGUGAUGACAAUGCUGGAGAGUGCCCUGAGCAGAAGUGUGCUCUAGGAUACAUACCGGCAGUACGCAGUGGCCAGACAGAGUUCCUCAUUAUUGGCACGCGUCAGAGGCCGAAGAUCAACAUCCCCCACAUCAGGACCCCGGCCCGCAUCAGGACCGGCAAUACUGACAUCUUCCUUGCAUCUCAUGUCCAGAACUUGGAGUGUGAAGGGGGUACUUUUGGUUUGGAUUGUCUUCAACAAUGUAAUUGUGCUCCAGAAGCUUGUGAAACAGAGAGGGGUUUUUGCAAGGGACAAUGCCUUGAUAGCUGGAUUGGACCAUACUGUCAAAGAAUAUCAAGAUUGGUUCCAGUGAGAGUGAACCCAUACCGACCAUCUACCUUCACGUGUUAUGUUGAGGGUAACCCACCUCCCGAUGCAUCCUCAGUUGAUCUUUACAGACGUACUGGAAGCACCAAUGACAGGACAGGAAUCACCAGGAGAUCUAGCACUGUCUCAGGGUCAGAACGAGCUGUUGUCUUUGAUGUUGAUAAUGUGUUUCCACAGGAAGUUGGGGGAUAUGAGUGCAGUCUUACAUUUGAAAACAUAGGCUAUCCCAGUACGCCAAUUACCAACCCAACCUAUGUUCUACCAGUCAUAGAAAAAGCACCAGUGAUAGUGAGCACCAUGUCAACUACAGUUGGUCUUCAAUGGAAUGCAUGGUCUGAAGAAGAUGACAAAGGUGAUCCUCCUCUGGUAGGAUAUGAUGUCUUUGUAAACAAGGAUGAUGACUGGGUAACGGAUCAGAGAGUAGACCAACUCACAACAUCAACCAUCGUUAGUAACCUGAUACCCGACACAGAAUACAUGUUUCGUAUAGCAGCAGUGAGGGAAGGAACAGGUGGAACAGGCCCCAUGUCUCCUAGGGACAACACAAUAACUCGCUGUGGAAAACCCAGUGCUUCUCCAACUGGACUACUCGUUUCAGCCAUCAACCCUAAAGAGCUAGACGUAACAUGGGAGCAUUCCCCCUCAGAAUCAGCAGAAUGCAGGAGUGGAGUGACCCAUUAUAUGAUCUACUAUGCUAUCAUUGGAUCAACUUCUUCAAACUCUAUCUUGGUCUCUCGUGACGAUAGCUCCUAUCUGAUAAGAGGUUUAGAAACCUAUCUGGACUAUACCAUCCAAAUAAGUGCAUCAAAUAAAGACGAGGAAAGUGAUAGGAGCAGUGAGAUUAUCGGCAAAACACUUGAAGAAGUUGCACCUAGUCCUAUCAAUGUGGCUAUACCGCAGAGUACUACAAGCUCCUUCACUGUAUCCUGGUCUACCCCUCUACCUUCUAACAUCAAUGGUAACAUCCAGAAGUAUAUCAUCCGCUUCAAGCAAACUGAUCCCGUUGUUGAUGAUGACUUUCAGAUGGAGGAAGUAUUGAAUGGUGCGUUUGAAGGAGAGCAUACUGUUGUAGACCUGACAGCAAAGUCCAACUACUCAGUUCAGGUACAGACUGUUAAUGGAGCUGGUUCUAGCAACUGGUCAGAACCUGUGAAUGCUAAGGCGAUACAAUCAGCUGUGAACAUUGCAAAAAUCUGUUGA